UCGGAGAAAAACAACGGAGCUUCUUUUGGUUGGCAUUUGUUUGGUUUGCGCUGCCCUCACUUUCUCCCCCUUCGACAUCCUCGGUACAUCUUACGCCCUGUCUUUGCCCAACUUUGCGACUGAGUCCCUCGAUUGGCGCUUUGUAUACCUUGAUUCUCACCUCUGUACUCGGAACGAGCCUGUGCUUGCCAUGUCCACCCUGCGCGGGGCCCCCGCGGGAGUCUUUGAGCUCAAGCGCAGCAGCUCCGGUCAAGGCCUCCAAGUGGACAAAGAACGAUACGCGCCCGAAGAAGAUGAUAGGAGGACAUCCAAUGGGGACCUGCCACAAGAAGCGAGCGAAUUUGAGGAAGACGAGGAGGUGGACGAGACAGUGCGGGAAGACAUGAAUAAACUGGAAGACACCUUUCCAGGUAUCUCUGAACGAUUCCGACUAAUUAAUCGGAUUGGAGAAGGGACUUUCUCUACCGUGUACAAGGCCGAGGAUCUGCUUUACAACCAUUACCACAACGACUGGGACAUUUUCGGCCAGGCGCAAGAACAAGAACAAGAAGAAUGGGAUAACCCUCCAUCCAAGCGCCGCAGAGUGGAGGGGGCCUCUGGAGGACGCAAGAAGGCGCGCUUCGUGGCGCUGAAGAAGAUCUAUGUCACAAGUAGCCCAAUUCGUAUCCAGAACGAGUUGGAGCUUCUCCAUGAUCUUCGAGGAUGCAAAUCCGUAUGCCCGUUGAUUACAGCCUUCCGUUAUCAGGAUCAGGUUGUAGCAGUUCUGCCCUACUUCCCGCAUACCGACUUUCGCAUUCAAUAUCGCACCUUCAUGGUGGCAGACAUGCGCCACUAUCUGAGGUCACUCAUAACGGCAUUAAAGUCGGUCCAUGAACAUGAAAUUCUGCACCGAGACAUCAAGCCAACGAAUUUUCUCUACAACCCUGACUUGAAAGAAGGUGUCCUUGUUGACUUUGGCCUAGCAGAGCGUCAGGGCUCUGAAUAUAGCAGCCCAUGCCUCUGCUCCCACCAGAACUAUGUUCGCCGCAGCCGGAUACUUUCUAGCUACUUUUCCAAAAACCCGCCAGCCAACGGUCUCUCCAGUGGUUACCCCAAGGCUGAUUCUCGGCCGUCAAGACGCGCCAACCGGGCCGGUACACGAGGAUUCCGAGCACCAGAGGUUCUGUUUAAAUGCACGUCACAGACCACCAAGAUUGACAUGUGGUCCGUCGGCGUAAUUCUUCUCACCUUGCUUGGACGCCGCUUUCCUUUCUUCAACUCGGCAGAUGACAUCGAUGCUAUGAUUGAAAUGUCAAGCAUCUUUGGCACUCGGAGAAUGAAGACGGCCGCUGCCAUGCAUGGGCAGAUCUUUGAGACCAACCUGCCCACCAUUGGAGAAAAGGGAUACAGCUGGGAGAAGCUGGUCAAAUGGUCCAGCUGCGUUGAAGAUUUGACGGAAAGCGAGUCUCAAGCGACGCGUCUGCUGGCAGGGUUGAUGGAGCUCGAUCCAUCCAAGCGCCUGAGUGCCGAUGAGGCUCUGAACCAUGAAUUUUUUACGGACCCCGUCCUCCACGAUGUGGAAUGGGGUGGCCACCCGGAGGAAGGAAGUGUUGAUUCGGAGGAGGAGGACGAGGCGGGCGAAGACGACGCCGAUGAGGUCGCCAUGCUAUGAGAUCCAAGAUUUGUACGAUAUAUGAUGCAGUGCUGACUCUACCGAAUGUUUGAAAUGUUGUGGGAUUUGAUGAUUCAAUUGUACCCGGGUAAAGCGUAAAGCCCCCCUUGCUAAUGUCACGCCGAGAGGGUUCAAUAUCCCGCGCCGAGGUCCCCGCUCCCGAUACCAUAUGAACAAUGCGAUCUCUGAUCUACUCUCGAUAUACUGAGUUAUAUUGACUAAGCCGCUUCUCCAAAAUCGUAGUGGCCCGUCUCCGCCGCAUGUUUAGUAGCCCCCUUCUCUCCAGUGAAGGUUCCGCCGCAAGUAUUACAGCGCACCAAAAACCCCGCAGUAUCCGUAUAAUAGUGCUUGCUUUGCAAGACACGACACAUCUCUUUGGCUUUCUCCAAGACAACCGGAUCAGCCGCAUCAAAGAUCUUGGUGUCGUUCGGCGCAAACAGGUUGGCAUGUGUAUGGGGUGGAUCGGAAGGGCAGAGCGCAAGCACAUCAUAAUGAAUGCCCGAAUACACGACUAUACACCGAGUCGGGGCUCCUUCAUUGAACUGGAACAUAUGAAGCGUUUGCACAUCGAUGGAGCAGAUCUCAAUGUUGAAAUACUCGCUUAAAAUCUUCAGUUCGAUGGCUCCGCCCCAUGAAUCCUCGUUCUGAAUCCACUGGCAAUACUCGUCCGGCUUCUUCCCCAGAAUAGCGGCCGUGUAUUCCGUCGGAUUUGAUUGAAUUGCGCCUGCGACGAUUGAUCGUAGCUCCACCAUCAUAUCCAUAUCGCCCAUGACCGCGGCCCCGACCGCACGGAAGAGACAGGAGUUGUCAUCAGGCAUUACACGCAACACGAAGGUGCCGCCGUGUUCGGGGGAUGCAAUCUCCGGUGGAUCGUCGGCGGUUUUCUCUGGAUGUUGCGAUAUCGAAGACGAAGGCUGUGGGGGAAGUUGUGGCGGUUCUUGGGAGAUAGAACCACUGGGCUGGUUAAGGGUGGUGGUCUCGAUAGUUGACGCGCCAGAGUCUCGUGGUGCGACGAUAAGCUGCUCCCCGUUUAGGUUGACACCCAUGUCGGCAAGUGGUUGGUUUGGUUGGAAACGGUCAAGAUCCAGAGGCUUGAGAUCUGGAUAUCCAUAUUUGACAUCGAAGAAGCCGGAGGUGAGGCCUGUCUUGUCCGCGAUCUGUGCCCGAAGGUCCUGGACGGUGGCCGAAUCGUCCAACGUGAUCGUUGACUGGCCCGAAGGCCCACGCACUCUCAAACGCAUAGGAGGUGAUCGACUGGAUGGUAUGCAGGUCUCUUCACGUUUGUCCACGGAUGUUGACACUGAGAGCGACGGAUGUUGGCAGGUACACCGUGUCACAGGCACAGACACGCAUUAGGUGGUCCCGCCCGAUAAGUGAGGGAGCUAUGACGCUGGAGGGUCCGGUGUGGGGUAAUCGGAGCAUUUGGAGCUCGUCUUCCUCAAAUUGGAGACCGAUCAGGAACAAUGAGAAAC